AUGCCACCCCCCCUUCUAUUUUUCUGUCAUACUAACCCACAGUUCGGUGCCUUCGUGGGCAUAUCUGCCUACAAACGGCUUGAAAUCCAAAACAAGUACAAUCCUGGCAAAGUUCUAGAGGAGUACGUCCUCAAAAUCCCCGCCAGUCUCCGCCCCGAAGAGUACUUCCUCAUCACUGCCUUGGUCAUGGUGAACUGUAUCAAGUGGGUGAUUUUUGGAAGGCUUACCCCCAACGAAAUCCAGUCGCUUCGAGACAAAGUCACCUACACAAUAUGGGAAUUUUGCUUUGGGUUCAUGAUAUUCUACUGCAAGUGCUUUGCCCUUGAUUUCACGUUGAUCCAAAGCGAACUCUUCAAGUUUGCAGGCUUAUUUCUAUGCGUGCUACUUUUGAAGGGCUUUCAUCAUCUUUCGGCAGAAAGAGUUUCUUCCAUAUUCCCGUCCUCAAGGUAUACCCACUAUGCCACUAGCCGACAGAUCAAGUACAUGGGGUUGCGCUUUGCCCUUGGUUUGUGCUUGUUAAAUUUCAUUCACGGACUAUUAUUAGUCCGUUUCAUCCACGAAGUGAGUCAAAGAUAUAACGCUACCUUCGUAUCCAAGUUAUCCAGGCCAAUUUCAGUACCUGCCCCAGUCUCAGUUUCCAAGACCUCAACAAUCUACAUCGAGGAUAAUAUUCUUUUGGCGAUUUUUGGAUUUGAAAUCCUUUACAUGUUUCCCUUAAUCGUAUUGACUACCAUCAAGUUUGCAGUGAACUUUUACGAAUACUUACGAUUUGAAUCCCAGUUGUCAGCACAUUUCGGAGAGGAAGACGAGGAAGGAGAAGAAGACAACUAUGACCAGAUUAUUUGGAAGGAGAAUAAAUUGAAAAUCAUUUAUGUUAGUCAGUUCCUCGUAAACUUACUCAGGUUCUUAAUGAUUGCAUUGUUCUCAUUGAUAUUCCUAUACGUCUACACAUUCCCAUUCCAUAUACUCCCAUCAUCAUACUCAAGUUUCAGGAUAUUAAUAGAUAAUACCAGGUGUCUUGUAAACUUCAAGAAGAAACAAUUUGCUCUCAAAAAGUUACAAAUUCCAUCAGUGCCUGGUGACUCAGUUCAAUGCAUUAUCUGUUAUGAUAUGAUGAAGAUCAACACGGAGGUAAGACAAUUACGCUGUAAUCACAGAUUUCACUACAGCUGUCUCAAAAACUGGAUCGAGUAUUCAUCAUCUUGCCCAAUUUGCAGAGAAAAGAUCUGA